GUUCUGAUCAUGAAAAUGCUGUGCCAUCCCAAUAUAGUUAAUCUUAUUGAGGUGAUUGAUGACCCAACAACGGAUCACUUCUACAUGGUUCUUGAAUACGUUGAAGGAAAAUGGGUCUGUGAGGGUGCUGGUCCGGCAGGUGGUCUCGGAGAACAUAAGGCACGGACGUACUUGCGCGACACGGUAUCCGGCUUGAUGUAUCUACAUUCUCAUAAUAUAAUCCAUGGGGAUAUUAAGCCAGACAAUCUUUUAGUUACGGCCUCUGGCAGGGUGAAGAUUGGUGAUUUCAGCGUUAGCCAAGCUUUUGAGGUUGAUAAUGAUGAGCUUAGGCGGUCUCCUGGCACUCCGGUUUUUACUGCUCCCGAGUGCUGUUUAGGACUAACAUAUCAUGGAAAAGCUGCUGAUACAUGGGCAGUUGGUGUCGCCCUUUACUGUAUGGUUUUAGGAAAAUACCCAUUUCUAGGAGACACACUCCAGGACACAUAUGACAAGAUAGUAAAUAACCCCCUCGCUCUCCCUGAUGGUAUGAAUCCGCUGCUGAAGAAUUUGCUUGAGGGGCUUCUUUGUAAAGAUCCAGCACAAAGGAUAACACUCAAGAGUGUGUCCGAGCACGAAUGGGUUGUCGGAAAUGAAGGUCCCAUCCCUCAGCAUCUAUGUUGGUGCCAGCGCAAAAAAUUACAAAAGGAAGAAUCUGAUGGGAGAAUGGAGGAUACUUUCACUUGAUGCUAACAGAGAGAUGUUCUGUGAUUUUUAAUUUGUGUUUCUAGUUUUCGAGCUAGGAUGUUUCUUCCAACAAGCUUUGUUUGUGAAAGCAAAAGAAUACAGUUAUACAGGCAAAAGAACAUAGGAUAGUAGAGCAUGAGAGGUAAGAGGUUAAGUAAAUUCUGUGAUAUUUCUAGUGUAGUUAAGAGUACUGGAAGACAGACGACUUGUGCCUCAAAUAAUCUUUAUUCAUAUCUCAUAUCAUGGUGGACUAAAUUUUGAAAUUUAUAUCAGACAUUCUCCCUUGACUAA